UCCUUCACUGAUAUCUGUUUAGGUUCCAGUGGUCCAAAACCAAGCACAAGCCAUGUCUGGAGUCAAGGGAGGUCGUGGACAGCGUCAGGAACAUCAACAUCAUCAUCAUCAUCAUGAACACAGUGAACAGAAACAGGACCAAAGUCUUCCAGCAGUUGCCCUACCGUGUCAAGACCAAGCAGUCACACCUCAACCUGCUCCACAGUGUGUGACACCAAAACCUGCUGCUCCACAGUGUGUGACACCACAACCUGCUCUUCCUCAGAUUCUGACACCACAAGCUGCUGCUCCACAGUGUGUUACACCACAACCUGCUCCUCCUCAGAUUGUGACACCAGAACCUGCUGCUCCACAGUGUGUAACACCACAACCUGCUCCUCCACAGAUUGUGACACCACAGUCUGCCGCUCCACAGUGUGUAACACCACAACCUGCUGCUCCUCAAUGUGUAACACCACAGCCUGAUAUUCCUCAAUAUGUUACACCACAACCUUUUGUUCCUCAGUCUUACCAGAGCUCCGUGAAGGGAGGACGCAAGAACUAGAGGCACCACCAGUGAAGAAGAUUGGCCCUGCCACCAUACAGUUAC